GCCAUGGCAACAGCAGCAGCCACCACAGUGGCAGCAGCAGCCAUGGCAGCAGCAGCAGCAGCCGUGGCAGCACCAGCAGCAGCCAUGGCAGCAGCAGCAACAGCCAUGGCAGCAGCAGCAGCAACAGCCAUGGCAGCAGCAGCAACAGCCAUGGCAGCAGCAGCCAUGGCAGCAGCAGCCUUGGCAGCAGCAGCAGCCAAGGGAACAGCAGCAGCGGGCAGCAGCAGCAGAUACGUGGAAGCAGCAGCAGGAAGAACCACGCACAGCAGAGGCUGAGGCCCCACAGCAGCAGCAGCAGCAGCAGCAACAGCAGCAGCAACAUCAGCAGCAACAGCAGCAGGAACAGCAGCAGCAGCAGCCAUGACAGCAGCAGCAUGGGCAAUGGUUUAGGGCUGACCUCAUCUGGGGCCCUCAGCAGCCGAGGGUCGAGCAUGGGUGGGCGGCAGCAGCAGCAGAAGCAGCAGCAGCAGCAGCGAAAGAAAGGGGUGCAGACAGGGCGUGAGAAGCUGGAGCAGCUGCCGCUGCCGUCUGUGAUGCUGCUAAUGACAGCAGCAACCGCAGCAGCAGCAACAGCAGCAGCAGCAGCAGCAGCAGUACCGGUUGCAGCAGCAAUCUGCGUGCAUCAAGAGCCUCGUACGACGUCUUCUCUGCUGCUGAGGGCUUCAUCGAUGGGGGUUUACUCUCCGCUGUACAUACACCAGGGCCUCCGUUUCCUAGGGCCCCGGCAGCAGCAGCAUCAGCAGCAGCAGCAGCAGCAGCAGCAGCAGCAACAGCAGCAGCAGCAGCAUCGAUUGUUUUCUCUCCAGCUGGGUGUACGCGGUGAGAAGGCAACUCCCCGCUGCAGCAGCAUGAGGCUGCUCUCCCUAAGCAGCAGCAGCAGCAGCAGCAGCAGCAACAGCAGCAGCAGCACAGGAAGAAGCGACAGCACCAGCUACAGCAGCUGCACAGGCAGCAGCAGCAGUAACAGCAGCAGCAGCAACAACAACUUGAAUGUACAGACACUACAAGAUGUUUGCUGCUGCAUAGAAGAGCAGCUGCGAGCCCACGCGAAGAAAGCCGGCAUUUGCUGCCAAACCCUCAAGCUCCAAGUAACCCCCGCCAGCCCCGCAGUUGAGGGCUAUGAGCUGCAGGCAAAUAUCGCCGCACUGCUGAAGCAGCAACAGCAGCAGCAGCAGCAACAGCAGCAGCAGCAGCAACGACAGGCGAAUACAGAAACCUUCAGUAGAGGAACAGACAGGUCCGCUGCACCUAUGAGCGCAGCAGCAGCAGCAGGAGCGGCGACAGGUGCAGCAGCAGCAACAGAAGCAGCAGCAGCAACAACAGCAGCACGUGAAGACAAUCUCGAAGGUGUUGCAUUUGCUGCAUCCCUUUGGAGAGACAAUCAAACAAUUAAGGCCCUUUGCUCAGCAGCAGAAUACACUGGGAAAGGCAGCAGCUGGUGCAGCAGCAGCAGCAGCAGGAGCUGCAGCAACAGCAGCAAGGGAGGACUAAGAUCUCCGGUGUCUCCUGCGGCGUUGCUGCUCGCUGCAGCAGAAGCUGUUGUUGCAGAGACUCCUCCCCAGUACAGGCCUGCGCCUCGACCAACACCAGCAGCAGCAGCAGCAGCAGCAGCAGAAGCAGCAGCACCAGCAGCAGAAGCUUGCCUAGUAAGUGACGCAGAGGUUGAAGCCUUCGUCUCGCAUAUGGCCGCUCUAGAGGCAGCAUUAGAGGAACAGGAGCAGCAGCUGCAGCAGCAGCAGCAGGAAGGUAGGAGGGAAGCAGCAGCAGGCAGCAUCAUCAACUGGCAGCAGCUUGCAAAAGAAGCGAAGCCCAACCCUCAACUUAAUCUUACUCAGGCCUAUGCGCGGUUCGCCCACCAGCUGCGGCUGCUGCGGUUGUCUCCUCAAGCAGCAGACGGGGAGCAGCAGCAGCUGCAGCGCAUGCAGCAGCUGAUAGAUCUGUUAGAGGCCAAGGGCUUGCUGCUACCACCUGAAGCAAACAGUAGCAGCAACAGCAGCAACGGCAACACCAGCAGCAGCAGCAGCAGCAGCAGCAGCAGCGGCAACAACAACAACGCUAGCAAAAGCAGCACGAGCCCCUUAAAUGCGCGACUCCCACAGACAGUGCUGCAGCAGCAGCAACAGCAGCAGCAGCAGCAGCACCCUUCUUCAGUCGCCAUUCGAAGGCAGGGAGGGACGUACACCUACAUUGCUACGGACCUUGCUGCGCUUAAAGCCAGGGUGGAUAGCGGUGUGGAUUGGGUGCUGGUGGCUACGGAUGAAGAUCAAAGGCCUCACUUCUCUCGUUUAUUUUCUCUCGGAGUUUAUUUAAUUACAAAUAAAACGCUUGCUGCAGCAAACAAUAAACAAAACCCUCUGCUGCAGCACCUGCUGCACCCAGCACCUUAUCAGCAGCAGCAGCAGCAGCAGAAACAGAAGCAGCAGGAGCACCAGCAGCAGCAGGAGCACUAUCAACAGAAGCCGGAGCAGCAACACCAACACCUCCCGGCGCAGCAGCAGCAGCAGCAGCAGCAGCAGCAGCUGCAGCAGCAGCUGCAGCAGCAGAAGCGCAGGGUGUAUGUGCAGCACCUAGGCACUGGGCUUGUGAGGGGCCCCACAGGGGAGAAGCUAUCAUCGAGAGCAGCAGCAAACGGCGUAGAGCAGGUUAUACCGGAAAUGCUGCAGAUUGCAGAGAAGGAGUUAAGACGAAGACGGCCGGGCCUCUCCGACUCCGCAAUAAGGGAAAGGGCAGAGGCUAUGACACUCCUUACGCGCAGAAACUCCGAACCAGGGGCCCCCAAGGGGGCCCCCACGGGGGCCCCUCUAGGUACCCUCGGGGAGGCCCCAGAGGGGGCCUCCAGGGGGGCCCCUCUGAGGGUCCUCAGGGGUUCUUCUUUGGGGGCCCCCUACGUGUUGUCUGAAGUUGAGCGGAGGUUAGCAGCAAAGGCUGCGAGUUUUGGGGUGUAUGUACACCGCAGCGUUGGGUGCUUAGACCCGUCUAUACUUGUCUCUUACUUGUUAGACUUGGGGAAUGCCUUCAACCGCUUCUAUGAACAAUGUCAUGUCAUCUGCAGCAGCAGCAGCAGCAGCAGCAGCAGCAAGAGCAACAGCAGCAGCAGCAGCGGCAGCAACAGCGUCGCUGCACUCGAGUCGCAAGGGGAUAAGUCUCGGCAGCAACACCAGCAAGAGCAGAAACAGCAGCAGCAGCAGCAGCAAGAGCAGCAGCAGCAGCAGCAACAACAACAGCAACAGCAACAGGAGGGAGCGGCAGAAGAUGAGGUGUACGUACACCCGGAGCGGCUGCUAGUCAGUAGAGCAGUGCAGCAGGCAUUAGAGAAGGGCCUCUAUCUGCUGGGGGCAGAAGCCCCUAAAGACAUUUGA